AGCACCACUGCUCAUCUGAAACGAAAGCCAAUCGGUCGUGAUAUUUCCACACGCGCAGCUGCUUUUCGAUCGGCUCUGUGUUCGUUCGUUUGUUUGUGCUAUAACUGCUACCCCCGCCCACUGCGAUCAUCCGCCUUGCCCCCGCCCCCCGCAGUUCCCGUGCGCCGCGAACAAAGAGUGGAAAAUUUUGGUGUCAGCUAAAAAGGAAACCCUUUAGCCAUCUUAUUUGGGCCCCGUAACGUUGCGGCCCCCCGUAAACACCGGAUUCGUUGUAUCCCCCACCUGGAUGGGUGUGAGGCGUAGUAUGCCAGUGAACUGUGCCAACAAGGACUGCCUGGGUCUCCGUAAGCGUGUCUGUGGUCUGCAUCAAACGUGGAAGUGGCUGCAUCAGACGCCCGCCCUGCACGAAUACCUCAUCUCGGCCAGCUCCGUGGCUGCAAACACAUCCCGAGCCACUAAGAACGCCACAGUCUAAAGUCCAGAGCGACCAAAGCCAUUUAAAGACCAAAACGAAUAGCGUAGAUAGUAGACCAUACAUAACCUAAAGAAGAGCACACACGGACCACACAGAACCAGGCAGACGACAACCGUAGAAACCAACCAACCAACCAACCAAUCAACCAGCCAAAAGCUUUUUUCGACACCAUUGACCUUGUUUCGCUUGCAAGUGCAUUGUGUCCCAGAUCACCUGGCAACAGAAAUCACACACACCCGUACGCCCCACUUCCUUGUGUAAGCCAUGAGCAUGCUGUUGCGACGCAAUUCCAGCCAGCUGCGGCUACUUCUCUCCUCCGCCGCUCAGGCCACGCGCCUGGCAUCCAGCGGAGUGGAGCCACCAUCUGCUGGACAGCAGGAGAUUAAAAAGCAGAGGCGCCAGCCACCGCCCGUGGUUCCCGAUUCGGAGAUCAAGAAGUCCGUGUUCAUCUCGCAGUCCAGCGAUGUGUUCACCAACCUCGCUCUAGAGGAUUGGCUGUACAAAAACUUUGAUUUCAGCCGCCACCAUGUGCUGCUGCUGUGGGCCAACGACCCGUGCGUAGUCAUUGGUCGCCACCAGAAUCCCUUCACCGAGGCUAAUGUUUCGCAGCUGGUGGAACGCGGCAUAACACUUGCACGCCGCAAUAGUGGCGGUGGAGCGGUGUACCAUGAUCUUGGGAACCUCAACUGCACCUUUUUCUCGCCCAGAGAGCGCUACGAUCGCAAGUACAACCUGAACAUCGUGACCAGGGCCUUGUUCCGCGAAUGGGCCAUCAAGGCAGAGAUAAAUGAGCGCGACGACAUUGUAGUGAUGAAUAAGAAGAUUUCCGGCACUGCGGCCAAGCUGGGACACCCGAACUCGUACCAUCACUGCACCAUUUUGGCCAGCGCCAACAAAUUGCACUUGGGCGAAUCUCUGGUGCGGGAGCCGGCCAAUUAUAUUAGCAAGGCCACGGCUUCGGUGCCGUCGCCCAUUCGCAACCUGGUUGAUGUCAAUCGCACGGUGAACGUUGCUCAGCUGCGUUCCGCCGUGGGUUACGAGUAUUUGAGAACGGCUGCAACUACGCUUGAAGACGGCGGCAGCACACAGACGAUGCAGCAGCGCGGCUUUCAGCUGGUCAAUCCCACAGAGAAAUGGUUCCCCGGCAUUGAGGAAUUGCGCUCCAACUACAGCUCUUGGGACUGGGUCAUCGGCAAGACUCCCAAGUUCACCGUGCAGAAGGAACUGGAGGUGAAGGGCGAUGAGCAGGACAUGAAACUGAAACUAAGCGUGGAAGUGGAAGCGGGAUUAAUGAAGGAGAUCGGCAUCCAGCUGCCGCAGAGCGAUCAGCUCGUCCCGGUGGUGACUCCGCUCCAGGGCAAGCCCUACAACGAGGAGAACCUGAACGGAAUACUUGGCGCCCUUAAGCUCGUCAGCGCAUCGAAUGUGAAGCAGGCAAUAAACGGAUCAGCUUGAUUACUGUUGUGCUAGCUCGAAAAAAUUAACAAAAAAAUAUAUAAUCCAUUUCUAGAGCACUAACCACGCUAACGUAGUUAUAAUCUUUCCAAGAAACCAUAUUACUAACCUAGUAUUUAAGCGGUUUACCAACAAACUAUUUACUUUUGUUACCACGUUUUAUAUAAAAGAACUGCAUUAAAUGUUUAAACAUUGAUUAUU